GCUCCUUUGGCGGCGGAUUCAAAUGUUCAGGCCGGGAUCUCCGGCCUGAAGAAGCGCUCGAGGGGCCGGGUUGUUUUCGUUUUCUCUGCGGACCAGAGCUUCUGCGCGGUGCAGGGAGUACCUCGGAGGCUGAGGCGACCUGUGCCUGAGGGAGAGGAUGGCGCUGUCGACUAGAGUCUCUCAGAAGAAGCAGAUAAGGCGGAAGGCCCCUCGCGGCUUUCUAAGGCGUAUCUUCAAGCGACAGAAGCCUCACCUUCGUCUACAGACAAGUGGCGACUUACUGGUGCACCUGAACUGCUUACUGUUUGUUCAUCGGUUAGCAGAAGAGUCCAGGAUAAAUGCAUGUGAGAAUAAGUGUGGAGUCAUUAAAAAUGAGCAUGUACUGGCUGCAGCAAAGGUAAUUCUAAAGAAGAGCAGAGGUUAGAAGUCAAAGAACACAUUUUUGAAAAUGACAUGAUGUAUAAUUUUAGGUGGUAACAGAUCGCGAAAGCUCUUUUUACAUUAUCAGUUAAUAGUGUAUAUUAUUAAAAUAUUGGCUAUUUGAGGGAUGUGUGCAUUUGUAUUUUUUUACUGGUAUUGAAAUAUCUCAAGAGCGGUAAAUAUCUCAGAACUAUAUAACUUUUUUUAAGGAAUUAUGUUUCAUUCAUUUUAAGUGGUCUCUAGUUCAUUUUACUUCCAUUUCAUUGGUAUUGUAAAUAUUUUACAUAUCAAAAAUGAAAUCUUACUGUAUGAAGUAACUUGAAGAGAUGAAUUUCUUAGAAUUAAGCUUAUAAGUAUUUAUAUUUAUACACAAUUAUGGAAUCAAUUUAAGCCCUGAAAAAAGAUAACAUGCAGUCAAAUCUAGGCACAUUUUAAGUAAUAAUUUUAACUCUUUAAUGCCGUUGCCUAAGUAGUGCAAUCUAUUUUCAUGUUUUACCAAUAGUAUAGUGACAUAGUUUCUCAACUGUAAACAUCAGCAAAGUGUUUUUCAAAACGUAUCUCCCUCCCCAAACCAGAAAAAUUACAGGGCAAACUGAUUUAUUUUCUUAAAGUCACACAGAUUUAAUAGAUGGAUAUUCCCCCCCCCGCCAAGGAAAUUUUAGAAGUUUAUUGUAUAUCAUUCAAUAGUUGUUAUUUUUAACUUUUUAUUUUGAAAUAAUUAUAGAUUGCAACAUGAAGUUGCAGAGACAGUACAGAGAGGGCCCUGUGUACUCUACAUCCAGUUUGUCCCCAAUUGUUACAUCUUAAAUAAUUAUAAUAUCAAAACCAGGAAUUUGACAUGAGUACAGUAUAUGUGUAAUUCUGUAUCAUUUUAUCAUGUGUAUAGAUUUGUGUAACUACUACUACAAUCAAGAUAUAGAAGUAUUUAAUUACCACAAGUUUCUAGGUAAUGCUGUCCUUUUAUAUAUUAUACCCAGCCCCGUAUGAUUACCCCUCGCCCCGUCCCUAAACUCUGGCAACCACUAAUCUGUUUUCCAUCUCUGUAUAAUUUUGUCAUUUUGAUGACAAAAUCAUAAUCAUAAAGGUUACGACUUUGGGGUAUUUGUUUUUCUUCACUCAGCAUAGCUUUCUUGAGAUCCAUCCAAGUUGUUGCAUGUAGCAGUUUGUUCCUUUUUAUUACUGAGUCGUAUUCCAUGGUAUUUAUGUACAACAGUUUGUACAACUCUUCACCCAUUGUGGAGCGUUUUGAUGAUU